AUGGAGGAAGUUAUGCGCAGUGGAAACAUACCAAUUGCUGGGAAAAUGGGUGUUGUUGGCGGCGGUGGUGUAGUUCCUCCAGCUCUUUUGGAUGAAUCUCGAGUGCCGAAAUUUUAUUUAGAUGCUCUGACUGCUUGUGGUGCUGUCAAUUCUAAUAUGCUUCCACACACUGCCCUUGUUUAUAACUUGAUGGUGACAUCCGGAUUGCCUCGUCCAGUUCUUUCAUAUAUUUGGAGUGCAGUGAAUCGAUCGCUACCAGGACAACUUACUCGCUCAGAAUUCUUCUCAUGUCUGGCUUUGAUUGCACUUGCACAGAGAGGAGAAUCAUUGGUGGCUCUGUCUGAAAUGCAACAACUGCCACUUCCUCAUCUGCAGACAUUCACAAUUUCCUCUACGGUGCCACCUGCUUCUAACACAUCACAAUCUGAAGCUUCUGCACCGCCAGUUCUUGCUGUGGUACGCCCCCCUCCUUCCUCAUCAAAUCCCAUACAAAGGCAGCAGAUUCCCAGCAACAGCAGUUCCGCUCAAACAGCAUCGCCAUCAAAGUCACGUUUUAUCCCAUCUGCAUUUAUCCCUUCAAGUUUAUUGCCAAGAUGGUCAGAGAAACCAUCAUCGUCAAAUACGACAUCUGUUAAGAAAACGACCGAAGUACUUUCUGGUGUCUUUCCAUCAACAGAUACCGCUUCAAGCUCAAACCGAACUGCUAGUCAACAAACGUCAACCAACUGCGAAGAUCCCAUGGAAGUUUCCAAGUCGAUUGUUCUCGAUAGCUCCUCACAUUCUACCAGCGAAACAAUAAGUACCGAUGCGACUAUAUGCUUGAAUAAAAGUGAUGAGAAGCACAUGGAAGGACACGGAAUGCAUAAAAUCGAAAAGGAUGACCCGCGCUUUCUUGAAUGCUGGGUAAAAGCUUUGUCUGCAGCAACAUCAAUAAUGGAAGAGGCAAAUCUCCUCAUUGGAUCAGACUUGGAUAGUGGCGUUUUAACGGAAGUAGCAAACACAAAACGUGGACAGUCCUACUACGAUUCCUUAGAAAAGGAUCAACGGAUCAUCAAACGCUUACUUGUUAGUGGAAGAAACUCAUUGCCACCCGAAGUCAGAUUGCGCGCCGAAAAAGCACUAGAAGUUUGGAUUCGUCUUUCGAAUUUUCAUGUCAAGUCGGAAAAUGACCUCGAUCUGAAAGAAUUGUGGACUUGUGGCAUUUGUGCCCAAGGGAUAUGUAGCAAUGAGGAAGUCGAAUAUGGGGGACAUAAAUAUCACAGUGAUUGUGCAAAUUUGUGGGUGAAUUGUGUUACUCCCAUUUUCCCAAUAACCUCUCAG